CAUUAGCGCCUCACUACCCCGACUGCUGUCUUAAGUAAAGAAGAGGGCAGCUCGCAAAUCGCGCAGCCGCGAACUCUGACGGACUCCAGUCCGCCACCUGUCCCAAAUUUUGCCUUCGCAACAAGACACGCUGUCGCUUUGCUUGAAGCCUGAAGAUGGCUUCCCAGCUCCCGCCGGGCACGGAUCUGUGCGCCAUUCCGGCAGGCGUCCCUCCGGACGGGCAACUGCCGAAUCUGGUCGAUCCGGAGAACCUCAGGGCGAGUCUGAUCGCGGUGCCGGCCAUCAUGACUGCCUGGUCGCUGAUCUUCACCGCCGCUCGCAUCUACACCAACAGACGGAAGAUGACCUGGGCAGAUUAUUUCGUCGCGAUUGCCUUCGUCCUCAGCACGACUUACACGGCCCUAGUCCUGGCCAUGCUCAAGUAUGCCCGGCAUCAAUGGGACGUUCCGGCCUGUUGGUUUGAUGGGACAUACAUGAAGAUCCUCUUUGCGCAGGGCACGCUCCUGGGCCCGGUCAUCUUCUUCGCCAAGUCGGCCAUCUUCCUGCUGUACCUGCAGAUUUUCGUGACGGGCGUGCACCACAAGCUGCGCAUCGCCAUCUACGCCGGCCUGGCGCUCACCUUCCUAGCCUACUGGGCCGGCGUGCCGCUCGAGGCCUACUUCGCCGCACCCCACGCCGGCCAGCCAUGGGAGAUCCUGCUGAUGAACGGCAUGCCCGAGCGCCUCAUCACCUGGGGCGUCGUGCAAGGGUCGCUGUCCGUGUUCCUGGAUAUCUACAUCUUCGUCCUGCCCCUGGCCCCGCUGGCCAAGUUGCGGCUGUCGAACAGGAAGCGCGUGGGGCUGCUGGCUGUCUUCGCUACAGCUUUGAUGGGUGUAAUCGCGAGCGUAAUUGCCCUCGUGUUCCGCGUCCGCCUCCGCACCACCCACGACAUCACCUGGGUGCAGAACUGCCUGUUCAUUUGCGUAAUCGUCGAGAACAACGUGGCCAUCAUAGUCAGCUCCAUGCCGGCCUUCGCAACCUUCAUGCGCGUCUAUGUCUCCGAGACGACCUUUGCCAAGUCGCUGCUCUCCAAGUUCGGCAGCAGCAACAGCAACGGCUCGUGGGACUUCCCCACGAAGCCCAGCUUUGUCAAGACGUGGCCCAUCGGCGGGUCCGAGACGUGGUCGCGGACCGACGCGUCCCUCUCCCACCACCACCACCACCACCACCACAACGACCCGACGCCGCCGCUGCCCAUGCACAACUUCCAAUUCCCCGCGCAGGCCGCGCGCGCCGAUUUCCCGUUUGCCGACACCACGCUGUUGACGACGGGCAUCACCGAGACCAGUAUCAGCGCGAAGCAGGAUAUCGUGGCGGGGAAGCCUGGUGCUGGGCCAGGGAUUGUGAGGACCGUGGAUAUAGACCAGGAGCUGCACCCUGCUUCUGUAAAUUCUAUGGUGUAAAUAGUAACGUUUCUUUGGUUUUGGCGUUUGGAAAAGCGCUGCGAUAUUCUGUGUAUAUCCUUUCAAUCGGAUACCUCUUGGGCUUGGUAAAUCAUGUUACGGGUGAGUUGCACAAAAUUUGUGAAAACGCUCGGCUACCUUUAAAAACGGGCACUCAGGAGGUUGGGGAGACGCCAUGGCCCAUGGAAGCUGCCACCACCAGCGCUCCGAAUAAAGCAAACAAACCAAAUCU